AAUAAACUUAAAAUUUUAUGGUAUUUUAAGAUUCCCUUUGGAUUGAAAUGACAAGAAAUCAGCAAAUUAGUCGUAACUCGUAAGAAUAAACAAGAUCAAUUUUUACUUUCUUUACAAAGAUUCCGUUGUAAUUUUAGAAUUUGUUUUUUGUCACUGUUUUUUUAUAGAUUAAUUUAUCUGCAUCAAACCGAUUAAGAAGUGUACACAUGGGCAUCUAUAUAUAUCUAACAGGUAAAACGUGUAUGUACAUGCAUAAGGUUUUACGUGCUUCUAUAAAUAUAUGUGGCAGUAACCAUAGGAGAAAAAUCACACAACCAAAGCGUUUAGAAAAAAACAGCGAUAAAACCGAAACAUCAAGCAAACAAAAAAAAAAGAGAAGAGAAAUUAUUUUUUUUUGUUUUCGUUUUCAAAAACAAAAUCUUUGAAUUUUAUGGCAACCCGUCUUCUCCGAACAAACUUUAUCCGGCGAUCUUACCGUUUACCCGCUUUUAGCCCGGUGGGUCCUCCCACCGUGACUGCUUCCACCGCCGUCGUCCCGGAGAUUCUCUCCUUUGGACAACAAGCACCGGAACCACCUCUUCACCACCCAAAACCCACCGAGCAAUCUCACGAUGGUCUCGAUCUCUCCGAUCAAGCCCGUCUUUUCUCCUCUAUCCCAACCUCUGAUCUCCUCCGUUCCACCGCCGUGUUGCAUGCGGCGGCGAUAGGUCCUAUGGUCGACCUAGGGACGUGGGUCAUGAGCUCUAAACUUAUGGACGCUUCGGUGACGCGUGGCAUGGUUUUAGGGCUUGUGAAAAGUACGUUUUAUGACCAUUUUUGCGCCGGUGAAGAUGCCGACGCAGCCGCUGAGCGCGUGAGAAGCGUUUAUGAAGCUACUGGUCUUAAAGGGAUGCUUGUCUAUGGCGUCGAACACGCCGAUGACGCUGUAUCUUGUGAUGAUAACAUGCAACAAUUCAUUCGAACCAUUGAAGCUGCCAAAUCUUUACCAACAUCUCACUUUAGCUCAGUGGUUGUGAAGAUAACUGCCAUUUGUCCAAUUAGUCUUCUGAAACGAGUGAGCGAUCUGCUGCGGUGGGAAUACAAAAGUCCGAACUUCAAACUCUCAUGGAAGCUCAAAUCGUUUCCGGUUUUCUCCGAAUCGAGUCCUCUCUACCACACAAACUCAGAACCGGAACCGUUAACCGCGGAAGAAGAAAGGGAGCUCGAAGCAGCUCAUGGAAGGAUUCAAGAAAUCUGUAGGAAAUGCCAAGAGUCCAAUGUACCAUUGUUGAUUGAUGCGGAAGACACAAUCCUCCAACCCGCGAUCGAUUACAUGGCUUAUUCAUCGGCGAUCAUGUUCAAUGCUGACAAAGACCGACCAAUCGUUUACAACACGAUUCAGGCGUACUUGAGAGACGCCGGUGAGAGACUGCAUUUGGCAGUACAAAAUGCUGAGAAAGAGAAUGUUCCUAUGGGGUUCAAGUUGGUGAGAGGGGCUUACAUGUCUAGCGAAGCUAGCUUGGCGGAUUCCCUGGGUUGCAAGUCGCCAGUCCACGACACAAUUCAGGAUACUCACUCUUGUUACAAUGAUUGUAUGACAUUCCUGAUGGAGAAAGCAUCAAACGGUUCUGGUUUCGGUGUCGUUCUCGCAACACAUAACGCUGAUUCGGGGAGACUUGCGUCGAGGAAAGCGAGUGACCUCGGGAUCGAUAAACAGAACGGGAAGAUAGAGUUUGCACAGCUAUAUGGUAUGUCAGAUGCAUUGUCCUUCGGGUUAAAGAGAGCAGGGUUCAAUGUUAGCAAGUACAUGCCGUUUGGACCCGUCGCAACCGCUAUACCGUAUCUUCUCCGACGCGCUUAUGAGAACCGGGGAAUGAUGGCCACCGGAGCUCAUGACCGUCAACUCAUGAGGAUGGAACUUAAGAGGAGAUUAAUCGCCGGGAUUGCGUAAAGAGAGAGUAUGGAGCCAUUAAAUGAAAUUGGGAAAUGUAGAUGAAUAAAUUUCUUCUAUGUAGUUUAAGAAAUUGAAAACAAAAAAUUAUAAUAUAAGAAAUGGAGUAGGUAAGAACAUUUCCUGUGGCUAAAUAUUUUUCAUGAGGGACUAUGUUUUUACUAUCAAUAUAUCAUUCACAAAUGUAUAUUCACCUUAUCAAUAAAAAUGCUUUUUACUUUUUUAUAUAUUUUACUUCAUUUUC